AUGAAGCUGCUCGUCGUGGGCCUGCGGGGCACGGGCGUCGAGAUCGCCAAGAACUGCCUCCUCCAGGGCGUGAGCAGCCUCACGCUGUACGACCCGAAGCCCGUGGCCAUCGCGGACACGGGCGCGAACUUCUUCCUCGGCGCGGACGACGUCGGGUCGGCCCGCGACGCCGUCUGCCGGCCGCGGCUCCAGGAGCUGAACCCGGAAGCCGCCGUCGUCGUCGCCGACGAGCUCAACGAGGCAUUGGUCGGGGCCAUGACCUGCGUCGUCUUCACGGACGGCGUCAACCGCGACGAGCUCGUGCGCUGGAACGAGUUCUGCCGCGGCCGCGAGAAGACCGUCGUCGACGAGCGCGGCGUGCCGACGACGGUCCCCGCGCCCGUGAGCUUCGUCUGGGCCUUCGUCGGCGGCCUGGCCAUGUCCGUCUUCGUCGACCACGGCGACGAGUUCCUCUGCCGCGACGCCGACGGCGAGCGGCCCAUCCGGGGCCUCGUCCGCUUCAUCGUGCCCGACGGCGUCCCCGCGACGUCGCCGCCCGAGCACUCGCUCUACGAGUUCAGCGAGGUCGUCGGCUGUUCCGCGCUCGACGAGGCCAGCGCGGCGACGCUCGGCGGAAACUCGCUCAACGGCUGCCCGCCCUUCCCCUGGACGAGCCAGGCGGGCGACCCGGCGAACUCGUUCCGCAUCGGCGACACGCGGUCGUUGGCGCCCUACGAGUCCGGCGGCCUCAUCACGGAGCGCAAGAACCCCAAAUUAUUGCGCUUCAAGUCCCUGGGGUCGCGCCUCCUCGCGCCCGGGUCGUCGUUCGCGCCCGACGGCCUCGUCAUGACCGACUACACGUUCUCCAACCACGAGCUCCAGCUCCACGCGGCGCUCGUCGGAUUGAUGGAGUUCGAGGCCACGGAGAAGCGCUUCCCGAAGCCCAACGACGAGGCCGACGCCGACGCCGUGCUCGCCAACGCCAAGGCCUACGCGGAGGCGUGCCGCGUCGCGAACCGCGCGACGGCGAACGGCUGCGGCGCCGCGGACGUCGACGUCGACGCCGACUUCUGCCGCGCCUUCGCGCGCCACUGCGCCGUGGAGCUCCAGCCCAUGGCCUGCUUCGCCGGCGGCGUCGUCGCCCAGGAGGUCGUCAAGUGCGCGGGCAAGUACGCGCCCAUCGACGGCUUCCUCCACUUCAACUCCAUGGAGACGCUGCCGUCGCCGCCGCCGCCGCUCGCGGACCGCGCGCCCCAGGGCUGCCGCUACGACGACCUCAUCGCCGUCUUCGGCGCGUCCUUCGUCCAGAAGCUCGGGAACCUGAACUACUUCCUCGUCGGGAGCGGCGCUCUGGGCUGCGAGUUCGUCAAGAACUUUGGGCUCAACGGCGUCUGCUGCGGCCCCGAGGGCCAGCUCGUCAUCGCCGACGCGGACCGCAUCGAGCUGUCGAACCUGACGCGCCAGUUCCUCUUCCGCGAGCACAACGUCGGCCACUCCAAGGCCGCGGCGGCGUCGAAGAUGGCGACGGACCCGGGCCCGCGGACGUGCGCGAACGCGAUGAACGCGGACCUCAAGGUGCGCACGGUCGAGGCCUACGUCGGCGUCAAAACGGAGACGACCUUCUUCGACGACGCCUUCUGGGAGGGUCUGGACGGCGUCUGCAACGCCUUGGACAACAUGGAGGCGCGGUUCUACGUCGACGCGACGUGCGUCAAGUUCGAGAAGUCGCUGCUCGAGUCGGGCACCAUGGGCACGAGCGGCAACGUCGACCCCGUCGUGCCCCACAAGACCAAGACCUACCGCGAGGGCGGCAACGCCGCCGAGGGCGGGGGGGUGCCCAUGUGCACGCUGCGCAACUUCCCGCACCUCAUCGAGCACUGCAUCGAGUGGGCCCGCGACAAGUUCGCGGAGCUCUUCGAGAAGCCCGCGCGGCGCCUGCGCAAGUUCGCCCAGGACCCGCAGGCCGCCGUGGAGGACCUGCGCAAGAAGCUCGAGAGCGGCGACGCGGCCGCGGCGGACGGCGCCGCGGCCGACGCCGAGGCGCUCCUCGCGUCGCUGCGCCUCGCGCUAACGCCCCUGGCGAACCGGCGCGCGGCCUGCGCCCAGCGCGCCUUCGACGCCUUCCACGCGCUCUUCCGCGACAUGAUCCUCGACCUGACGACGGCGUACCCGGCGGACGCGCGCGUCAAGGGCGCGGACGGCGCCGACAAGGGCCCCUUCUGGAGCGGCCACAAGAAGUUCCCGAGCCCGGCGACCUACGGCGCCGGCAACGGCGACGACUGGAAGUUUCUCGUGUCCGCGACGCACCUCCUCGCGCAGUCCGUCGGCGCGCAGCCGCGCAAGGCCGAGGACGACGACGACUACGCGUCGGGCGAGCGGUCCGCGGACUGGGCCGCGCGCCUCGCCGCGUCCCUCGCGACGCCGGCCUACGUCUCCAAAAAGGUCGACACGACGGGCAUGGAGCAGGGCGCGCCCAAGCCCGAGGAGGCGGCCAUGGCCGGCGACGACGACGCCCGCGCGCGGGGCUUGGCGGCCGUCGCGGAGCUCGCGCGCGCGGACGCGAGCGCGCUCGUCGACGUGGAGCCCGCGGACUUCGAGAAGGACGACGACUACAACUUCCACGUCGAGUUCGUCACGGCCUGCGCGAACUGCCGCGCGGCCAACUACUCCAUCCCCCCCACGGACUUCGACAAGGCCAAGCUCACGGCGGGCCGCAUCAUCCCCGCCAUCGCGACGACGACGGCGGCGGUGACGGGCCUCGUCAUGCUCGAGCUCUUCAAGAUCGUG